AAUUGUAUUUCUUUUGCAUGAUAAAAUACAUUUAUUUGUAUAAAUAUUGAAACAUAGCUCGUGCAAUCCGGCCUUAAUUCGGCUAAUUGAUAGAUUCAGGGCAAAGUGUCCGACUCCUAUUUAAUUUGCAUAUGGCCUCUGGGCCGCUGUAACGUGCGAACAAACAAAAUCGAAAGUGUUAAAUAGUGUAAAACAUUACCAUGAAUUGAUAGCUGGGCCAAUUGGCAAAAAGCCCGGACUACAUUCUGUAUUGUGGCCGCAGAUCAAUUUCGGAAUAAUUCAAAAACUCAAACUCAAAACCCCAUCAAUAAUAAUUUGCAAUGCAAUAACAUCAGCAAACAAAACAAAACACAACACAAAAACAACAACAACAGCAACAACAAAAACAAUGCCUAAGCCAGAUGGUGAAUCGCAAUGGACAUGCAAAUUGCUAUUGAAAAUAUUAUUAUCAUUGAUGCUGCAACAAUACACAAGUGAUGCGCUGCUGCUCAAGUGUCCGCUGCAUCAGCUGCAGUUGCAAAAGAUUGUCGGAUUCCGUCCGCCCCUGGAAUACCUCAGCGAACGGAAUUUGAUUUACGCCCCGCCGACUGCCAGCAAUUUCAAGGAUCGGGAUCGACGCAGCGGCGACUAUGGACUGGGCGAGCGUGUGCUGGACGAGCAGCCCGCCAGCCAGCUGUGCUGGCGCAGCUGCAACGAGGAUCCCGACUGCAUUGCCUAUGUGCACCUGCUGGACACCGACGAGUGCUACGGCUACUCGUACUUUGAGCGCAGCUCACGCUACUUGCCCAUCGGGCACGACCUGCCCUUGGUGGCCGAUGGCGAGGCCAUGUUCUACGAAAAGACUUGCCUGCGGGUGCCCGAGGCAUGCAAAGGUCGCCUCUGGUCGCUCACCAAAAUUCCAGGGAACAGUCUGGUGUUCCAUGGCAAAAAGACCAUUUCCACGCUGGUCACGCGCCGUGAGUGCGCCGAGAGAUGUUUCUUUGAAACGCAAUUCAAAUGCCUCUCCGCCUCGUUCGCCCCAUCGUAUCGGAACAAUCGUGAGCGGUUUCGCAGCGAGGAGCGCUCGUCACGGCCCCACGCCACUCUGGGUCGCUGCACGCUGAGUGACAAGGACAAGUCCAUACAGCCGGAUGCCUUCCGGGCGGCGCCCUAUGACGAGGAGUACAUGGAAAACCAGUGCUACGAGCGAGCGAUUGAGAACGACAACUGCUCCUAUGAGCUGUAUGCCAACAGCAGUUUCAUCUACGCGGAAUCCAAAUAUUUGGGCCUAACCCAAAAAGAGUGUCAGGCGCUUUGUACACAUGAGUCCAAGUUCCACUGCCAGGGCAUAUCCUUCUACUAUCUCAAUCAGCUCACCCGCUCCGAGUGCCUGCUGCACUCCGAGGACAUCGUAUCCCUGGGCCCGCGUAGCCUUAAGCUGCGCGACAACUCCGUUUACAUGCGACGCGUCAAAUGCCUGGAUGUGCAGGUGUUUUGCACACGCGAUGAGAUGAACGUUCGCUACAAGCCGAAGGACUGGUUCACGGGUCGAAUGUACGCCAGCAUGCACUCCAAGGACUGCCAGGCGAGCGGCACAGGCAACGAGAGCUUGGUGCUCCGCCUCGAUAUCGGCAGCGAGGCCAAGGAGAAUCGCUGCGGCAUUCUGCGCGCCUACGAGAUGACCCACUCCUACCACAGAACCUUCAUAUCCGCAUUGGUCGUCAUACAGAAUAAUGCGAAUGUGCAAACCCAGGGCGAUCGGCUCAUCAAGGUCGGCUGCAUCCUGAACAACGCCACGAACGCAAUUGGUCAGAUGGUGCGGGAUAGCAAUGCAGAUGCCUCGGAGCAGGUGCCCAGUGCCAUUGCGCUGGAGUCCUCGCUGGAAUAUGCAGAGCACAUGUUUCCACAGGAGGGCGUGGUGCACUACAACAGCAACACGGGUCCCCACCCGCAUCCGCAGAUCACACUCCAAAUAGUGGAUCUCUCGCAGCAGCACGAAAUAAGCGACGUACAAAUUGGCCAGAACUUGGAGCUCCAGAUUGUAGCCGAAUACAGUAAGGAGCAGCUGGGCGAGCACCUCGAGCUGCAGCUGGCGCCGCUGCCCGACUUCCGAGCCACAUCGCUGGUGGCCAAGUCGCUGGACAACCAGAACUAUGUGCUGCUCAUAGACGAGCGCGGCUGUCCCACAGAUGCCAGCGUCUUUCCGGCUCUGGAGCGUGUGCGCACACAGUCGAAGAACAUGCUGCGUGCCCGGUUUCAUGCCUUCAAGUUUUCUGGCACAGCCAACGUUAGCUUCGAUGUGAAGAUUCGCUUCUGCGUGGAGCGCUGUGCGCCCACCAAUUGCGUCACUCUCUCCGGCGGCCUCUGGCAGCGACGCAAACGCCAGCUGGAGCGGCCAGAGCGUCAGCUGGAGCAGCUCAGGGUACAGAAUCCCGUAUAUAUAUCAACAGUUAUGGACAUGCUGCCCGACGAAUUGAACAAUACGGCGGCUGCGUCAAAGGCAAAUAUAACGGCACAGGUGGAGCUGCCACUCAACUAUAAUCUGCGUGUCCACGGGCCGGAUCAGACCAACAGCAAUAGCUAUCUGUAUGGAGAGCGCGGAGUACUGCUCAUAGCUGGCAUUGAUGAUCAGCUGCACCUGGACAACAUCUGCAUCAACCAGAGCCUGCUGAUCGCGCUCUUCAUUCUCUGGCUGAUCUGCCAGGUGGCGUUGCUCUUCGGCUGCGGCAUGGUGCUGCAGCGUUACCGGCGGCUGGCCAAGCUGGAGGAAGAGCGUCGGCGGCUGCACGAGGAGUACCUAGAGGCCAGACGCGUACACUGGGCGGAUCAAGGCGGAUACACACUCUAGUUUGUCGAAUUGAGUUUUAAAAUACUUUAAUUGAGUAAAAUUAAGCGAAAGUUA